AUGAGUGACGGUGGAACCCCAUUUGAAACGGCUCGAUCAAGACCGUCAUCCGCUGCACCGCUCGAUCUCGAGCAUUCGCACGAAACGCACGACGAUCACGAGGAUAUGGAAAUGGAUAGACUCAGCUCGGCCAGUGACGACUAUUCCUCGCAACAACAUAGAGAGAUCACAAUCACUUUCAAUCCGGACGUGAUCGAGCCGACUCCAAAUGAAGAAUUAGAAGAUGAUGAUGAAGAGGAGAGAGAUGAAAGAAAUCAGAGAGAAAAUAAAAGGAUAGAUCGAUCCACCGCCACAUUUCCCCAGCCGAUGGCCACCCCGAGUCAGCCCGACUUUAUCCGGGUUGUUCUCGAGUUUCUCAUCAAUGAGGGGUACAAAGAGGCCGCCGAGGCACUCUGUCUUGACACCGGAAUCGAGCUACCGAAAGAAGAAGCCGAUUAUUUGGAUGCCCGCGUGACGAUUCGAGCGGCCAUCGAAGAAGGAAGAGUCGAUGAAGCGAUUACAAAAGUGAACGAAUUGUGCCCGCAGUUAUUGUGCGAAAAUCCGACGAUUCAUUUCCUUCUGAUGCAGCAAAAUCUCAUCGAGAUGAUUCGAAAUGGUGAAACGGAGAAAGCGCUCGAGUACGCGCAAACACAUAUCGCCGGUAAAGACAACAACAUUGCGGAGAAUCAAUUAGACCAGCUGGAAAAGACAUUUGCCUUGUUGGCUUUCGAGAACCCGCAAGCAUCACCAUUCGGUUCACUUUUGGAUCAAACGCAUCGGCAACAGGUUUCGAAUACGGUGAACGCGGCGGUGUUGGGUGCGCUGAAUAAACCGUCAAGACCGAAAAUCGAAGUGCUUUUCAAGAUGCUGGUAUUCGCUCAACAACAAAUGCACGCGGUGAUGAAGUCCGAUGAGCCGGUACCUGACGCGGCCUCUAUUGCAAUGAGGCUCUUCCAGGAUCAAUCCCAUCUUCCAUCAGCUUCCAUCUCG